UUCAGAGUGACGCGCCCCAAGCCAUCUGAGCACCUGUUACAUUUAAUAUAUCUUCAUUGUCCGUUCGAGAGCCGGCGGGUAAAUUUGCGUUAUAAUCAACUUGUUUGUCCAUUUGCGUGUGUUUUGUACUGUUUACUGUAAAAAUGUCCGAACAAGAAGCCGCAGCAACAAACGAAGAGCCAAAAAUCGAAACUCCAACUGAAAACAACAAAGAAGUCAAGGAAAAUGGAACCGGCGAAUCCGCUGAACCUGUUGCCGAAGAAAAAGAAGCGCCCAAAGAAAUGCGGGCUGUUGUUCUCAAUGGAUUUGGUGGCCUAAAGUCUGUUAAAAUACUAAAAAAACCCGAACCCACUCUCAACGAAGGUGAAGUUCUUAUAAGAGUCAAAGCAUGUGGUUUGAACUUCCAAGAUUUGAUGGUGAGACAAGGUGCCAUCGAUUCCCCUCCAAAAUGCCCUUUCAUUCUUGGAUUCGAGUGCGCAGGAGAGAUUGAACAACUUGGAGAAGGAGUGGAAGGACUUGCCGUUGGCGAUCAAGUAGUAGCUCUACCAGAGUACAGAGCCUGGUCGGAACUGGUAGCAGUCCCAGCCAAAUAUGUCUACAAACUACCAAAGGACAUCUCCCAUCUGGAUGCAGUCACCAUUACCAUGAACUACACUGUAGCCUAUAUCUUGCUCUUUGAAUUGGCAGGAAUUUCCCAAGGAAAAUCAUUGUUGGUUCACUCUGUAGGAGGAGGAGUGGGACAAGCUAUCGUCCAACUGGCCAAAACCGUUCCAAACGUGACGACUUUCGGCGUGUGCUCCAAGAGCAAGCACGAGGCCCUUAAGACCGCCAACUCUCCCAUCGACCAUCUUUUGGAAAGAGGAAGUGACUACGUCAGCGAGAUCCGCAAGGUUUCUCCCGAUGGAGUGGAUAUCGUGCUCGAUUGCCUCUGCGGCGAAGAAUGCAACAAAGGCUAUGCUAUCCUUAAACCGAUGGGCAAAUACAUUUUGUACGGCUCGUCCAAUGUGGUCACCGGAGAGACCAAGAGUUUCUUUAGCGCAGCCCGUUCGUGGUGGCAGGUUGACAAAGUUUCUCCAUUAAAACUUUUCGAUGAGAACCGUACUCUGUCAGGCUUUAACCUGAGAAGAUUGAUGUACGCGCAGAAUGGAGCUGACUACGUACAAAAAACCGUUCAGGAAGUCUUCAAGCUGUUCCAGGACGGCAAAAUCAAGCCACUUCUCGACUCAACCUGGGCUUUGGAAGACGUUGCUGAAGCAAUGCAAAAAAUGCACGACCGCAAGAAUGUCGGCAAGAUCAUUUUAGACCCAAGUUUAGAGCCAAAACCGAAACCGGCCACUCCAGCCAAGGGCAAGGACAAGAAGAAGCAAUCUUCUGAAGAAAAGAAAGACAGCAGUGAAGAAAAGAAGGAGGAGGAGAAGAAAGAGGAGAAGAAGGAGGAGGCAAUGACUAAUGGAGAUUCCGCUGGAGAAUCCGAGUCUAAGGGUAAAGAAAAUUCGAGUUGAAUUAGUUAAUUCGCCGCGUCCAUCUCCUCUUAAGUGUAUCAAUUUUAUUUUAUCGUAAUUUAAAUAGUUUGGCUUAAUUAUAUUUUAAUGAAUUGAAUUUGCACUUCUUCCAGUGAAAUAACUAACAAACUAAAUUAUUUUUAAUUUUGAUUUAUUAUUGCCGAUCUCAAAUUAUUCACGUUGACCAUAUUUACGGAGCUGUGUUAUUUUUCUUUAAGAUAGUAGGUUUAGAUUUUAAGGAAGUAAAGUCUGUAAAGUGACCAAAUGAUUUUUUUUAACAUUUUACGUAAUUUAACUACUUAUAAAUAUGUAUAAAUUUUCAGAUAGUUAUUGUUUUUUAAAAGUUUGAUUCUAUAUUUUGUGUUUGUUUUUGUCGGUGCUAUUUUGAAAAUCCUAGAAUAUUGUACUGUUAAUUUUCAAAGGGCCUUUUUGUUAAUUUUUAAGUGGUUAAGUCAAAUUUAAUUUUAGGAAAAUCAAAACACAUAUCCGUGUGUAUCAGACCAAAAUAUUUAGGUAGCGUUUUUAUAUAAACUAUUUUUUCAUGCUUAGUUAAGAUUUAUAUAAAAUAAUCCUUGAACUUGCUAUUUUUGCUAUAAUACCAUAUAUUGGACUUUGCAUAUCUUAGACCGAAUUGUAAUCCACUUGUGAGUAACUUUUUCUUACAGGAAAAAUGCCUUUAAUUACUUACUUUGAGCUAAACUACAUCCUUCAGUAUUAGGGGCACUUUUUCUUACAGGUAUUUCACACAUCACAUUGAGCACAAUUAAUUUUUUUCAAAAUUUUACAAAGGUACAACGUGGAUUGACUUUGAUUAUUUUCUAAAAUCACCCUAUAUUUAAAGAAUCUCAUAACGUUUUUGAUGUUUAUUAUUAAAUAUACAAGGUCGUAUCUCUAUAAAAGACCUGUAUUUUAUAUAGUGUGUAAGAAAAAUUGCAGUUACUUAUGAGAUUAUUUUAUCAAAAAAUGUUUACCAAUUGCUUAAAUGUCUAUUAUCAAUUAAAUGUGAAAUUUUGUGCGAUAUAAUAUUAUAUUUUUCGUAAGGGGUGUUGAAAGAUAUAAACAAACAUCAAAUUUAAAUUCGGUGUUUAAUUAUAUUUAAGGAAAAUUGUAUAACCACUAUUUGGAAACGCUAGAAGAAUGUUACAUUGCUAUUCAUUGCUUCUAAAUUAUUAAGUGUAAAGACUGAUGUGUUAUGCUAUGCAUAUUGUUUGUUUAUAAGCCUGUAUUAUAAUAAAUUGUAUGAAUGCUUAA